AUGUAUCUCACAAAUAUCCGUUUCUAUACCACAAUCAAUCAAUGUUUCAACCACAACCACAAUAACCACUGUUCGUUUAACUCAGUGCAGUCACUACUUCCACUGUACAAUGUUACUCAUCAAUGUUCAAUAAAUAAAUGUUCAGCUCAAAUCUCUCAUGAAUAUUUUCGAGUUGGAGCAUUAAUCAAGGAAACUGCGCCCUGGGUCGAGGUUGUGCAUUGUUUCAAUCAUCGCAUUGAACUUGCUAUCAAGGAUGCGUUUAACACUGUCAAAGCAUUUCACGAUGUCGACGAGCUUCUACUGAAGCUUUAUUACUUAUAUCAGAAAAGUCCCAAAAGGCUUCAGGGACUCAGAAACUUCUCUGAAGCAUUCGAUGAAACAAUUCCGAAGCCUGCUAAAGCAUGCGGUACUCGUUGGAUAGACCAUCAGUUCAAAGCGAUGGUAUGUGCUCUUCAAAACUACGGUGUGUAUAUGACCCACGUAGAGGAAUUAGCUAUCACAGAUUCACAGCCUGAAAAACGUGCUGAGCUCAAAGGUUUUUUGAAAAAAUGGAAAGAGGCUGCCAUUCCAUUCAAUAUGGCUAUUUACUUAGAUAUACUAUCCCCGAUACGUCGUUUGUCUUUGAGCAUGCAGUCUGAGCACGAUCCUGUCAAACAAGUUCGGCGUAUCCAGGAAUUUACUGCGACCAUGGCCAAAUUGAAAAUAAUUUUAUUAGAUACCCUGGACGGAAGUAGUGAUAUAAUGACACAUCACAAGCGCUUCACAGAUGAGGUUAUUAAUGACGAAGAUGGAAGUGCAACGUACCAAAACAUUAAGCUUUUCCGAUACGAUAUAGUAAACAGCAGCGCUGAGACGAAAUAUCAUGAUCUUAUCGUUCGUUUCGCUGACAGCAUGGAAGAGAGGUUCGAAAAUUUGUCAACAUCGACCAUCUUCAAAAAUAUCGUCUGUUUACUUGAUGUUUCAACAUGGCCAACUACUGUCACUCCUACUUUCGGGGAAGAUCGCAUUGAUGAAAUUCUUUUGGAUUUCGAAAAGCUGUUGGAAAACAACGGAUGUAACGUAGGCGAAGUAAAAAAAGAAUGGAUCUCUUUACAAUCUCACAUCAUCCCUAUUGUGAUUAAUAAUCCUCGAGAGUACUACUUGAAAGUAUGGAAGAGGGUUUUCACAAACGAACACAUUCGUAAGGAUUGUGAAAACAUCCUUCACAUCAUUGAAAUAUUGCUUUGUACCCCAUUCACGAAUGCCAAAGUGGAGCGAGGCUUCUCCAGGAUGGCGAGGGUGAAAAGUGAUUUUCGAAGCCAUCUCAGCAGGGACAUGCUCGACGCUUGUUUGCGAAUAAAUGAGGAUGGUCCAGAUAUUUGUAAUUUUGACCCUGAUCCAGUCAUUGAUCAUUGGUAUACGGAAAAAGUGCGACGACUUGGAUCAUCGUCGCACAAGUAUCCUAAAAAGAGAAAAUCUACAACUACAACAAGCGAUAGAGUGCAGGUUGAUGACUUAGCCUCACUUGCACUCUCUGAUAUCGACUCUGAUGAAGAUGAAGCAUGA